AUGGCGGAACCGCCGAGCCCCGUUCACGGUGUCGCUGCCGCCGCCCCCACCGCCACCGUCUCGGAGAAAGAACCGUUCGGCAAGCUGCAGCCCUCCUCCCGGGACCCUCCGGGUCCUCUGUCCACCAAGAAGGUCCGGACUGAGGAGAAGAAGGCACCGCGGAGAGUCAACGGAGAAGGGGGCAGCGGCGGGAACAGCAGGCAGCUGCAGCCGCCGGCUGCACCUUCGCCUCAGAGCUAUGGCAGCCCAGCGUCUUGGAGCUUUGCCGCUCUGUCUGCUGCUCCCUCCCCAUCCUCUUCUCGGAGCAGUUUCUCUUUCUCCGCUGGCACGGCGGUUCCCUCAGGCUCCGCUUCCUUGUCUCAGCCGGUGCCGCGCAAACUGCUGGUCCCUCCUACGCUGCUGCACGCUCAGCCUCACCAUCUCCUCUUGCCCGCCGCCGCCGCCGCCGCCUCGGCCAACGCCAAGUCGCGCAGACCUAAGGAGAAGCGGGAGAAGGAGAAGAGGAGGCACGGGCUUGGCGGGGCCGGAGAGGCCGGCGGGACCACCCGGGAGGAGAACGGGGAGGUGAAGCCGCUGCCGCGAGAUAAAAUCAAAGACAAAAUUAAAGAGAGAGACAAAGAAAAAGAGAGAGAGAAAAAGAAACAUAAAGUAAUGAAUGAGAUCAAGAAAGAGAAUGGAGAAGUAAAGAUUUUGCUGAAAAGUGGGAAGGAGAAACCAAAAACAAAUGUAGAAGACUUACAAAUUAAAAAGGUAAAGAAGAAAAAGAAAAAGAAACACAAAGAGAAUGAAAAACGGAAGCGUCCAAAAAUGUAUAGCAAAUCUAUUCAGACCAUCUGUUCAGGAUUGCUAAUUGAUGUUGAAGAUCAAGAAGCCAAAGGCAUUCUAAAUGAUAACAUGAAAGAUUACGUUGGAAAGAAUUUGGAUACCAAGAACUAUGAUUCCAAAAUUCCAGAGAACAGUGAGUUUCCAUUUGUCUCAUUAAAGGAGCCACGAGUUCAGAAUAACCUCAAAAGGUUGGACACUUUGGAAUUUAAACAACUCAUUCAUAUAGAGCACCAGCCUAAUGGAGGUGCAUCAGUCAUUCAUGCCUACAGUAACGAACUCUCCCAUCUGUCUCCUAUGGAGAUGGAGAGGUUUGCAGAAGAGUUUGUGGGUCUAGUGUUCAGUGAAAAUGAAAACUCUGCAGCUUUCUAUGUGAUGGGUAUUGUUCAUGGGGCAGCUACUUAUUUACCUGACUUUUUAGACUAUUUUUCAUUUAAUUUUCCCAAUUCUCCAGUGAAAAUGGAGAUAUUGGGAAAGAAAGAUAUAGAGACAACGACUAUGUCCAAUUUUCAUGCUCAGGUAAAAAGAACGUAUUCUCAUGGUACUUACAGAGCUGGCCCAAUGCGACAAAUAAGCUUGGUGGGAGCAGUUGAUGAAGAAGUAGGAGAUUACUUCCCUGAGUUCCUUGACAUGUUGGAAGAGUCACCAUUUUUAAAAUGUACACUGCCAUGGGGGACGCUAUCUAGUUUAAAGUUACAGAGUCGAAAAGAUAGUGAUGAUGGUCCCAUCAUGUGGGUUCGUCCAGGAGAACAGAUGAUCCCUGUGGCUGAUAUGCCAAAGUCACCUUUCAAAAGGAAAAGAACUACCAAUGAAAUAAAAAAUCUUCAGUACCUACCUCGAACAAGUGAGCCCCGUGAGAUGCUCUUCGAAGACAGGACAAGAGCUCAUGCAGAUCACAUAGGACAAGGUUUUGAACGACAGACUACAGCUGCUGUUGGAGUGCUGAAGGCUGUGCACUGUGGAGAGUGGCCUGAUCAACCCCGUAUAACCAAAGAUGUAAUUUGUUUUCAUGCUGAAGAUUUCUUAGAAGUGGUUCAACGAAUGCAGUUGGAUUUGCAUGAACCUCCACUGUCUCAGUGUGUCCAAUGGGUUGAUGAUGCAAAACUGAAUCAACUGAGGAGGGAAGGCAUUCGCUAUGCCAGGAUUCAGCUAUAUGAUAAUGACAUUUACUUUAUUCCAAGGAAUGUUGUUCAUCAGUUCAAGACAGUUUCAGCUGUAUGCAGUUUAGCAUGGCACAUUCGGCUCAAAUUAUAUCACUCAGAGGAGGACACUUCUCAGAAUAUAGCUACUCAUGAAACAGCCACAUCAUCAGAUUCCACAUCAUCUGUUCUUGGACCUCACACUGACAACAUUAUUUGUGCUGUGAGCAAAGCCUCCUUGGAUUCUGUUUUUUCAGAUAAACUUCAUUCUAAACAUGAAUUACAGCAGAUUAAACAUGAACCUAUUGCAUCUGUAAGAAUCAAGGAAGAACCUGUGAUUGUUAAUAUUCCUGAAAAGACUAGAGCAGUGAAUAAUAUGGAUGGCAAGAAUGUUAAAGCAAAAUUGGAUCAUGUUCAAUUUACAGAAUUUAAGAUUGACAUGGAUUCUAAAUUUGAAAAUAGCAACAAAGAUUUAAAGGAAGAUUUAUGCUCUGCAAAUCUAAGUCUAGUUGAUACAAGGCCACACAGUUCAGCACAUUCAAAUCAAGAUAAAAAAGACAAUGACAUUUUAUGCUAAAUUUGCAUAUACCAUCUAAAAUCCUUUAAAAAAAAUUUAAUUAUGUAAUAAAGAUUCAUGAAUUCUGAAAGCAAGCCAAGGACUUGCUCCUGUGUCUGUUACAAAAUGUAGUUUAUGUAGCUUUGUAACAUUCCUCAGUGCCUGUCCAUAACUGUGAAGUAUCAAGCACUUAGGGCCAGAUGCACUGUAAACAUUGCAGGUUUAAACAUAAAGGAGUCUUUUAAAAAAAAUCAUUUACGUUGUAAUUGUAGGUUUUAGAAUAGAGCUGACAUUAACAUAUAUAUAUAUAUAUAUAUAUAAAUAUAUAUAUAUAUUUUGUAAUAUGAGCCAGAAUUCUUUUUCAAUUUAAGGCUUUUCCAUAGAGCUUAUUUAUAUCCUUUUUUUCCCCCCAUUUUAAAUGUGUCAGCACUGUAGUGUAAAUACCUUUUAAAAUAUCUUUUUAGUGUGAUUUAUACUGAAAUGUGAGCCACUUAAUAAAGGUUCAUAUUAAUAAAUAUGUUUUCUGUUGAGUCUGCAAAGACAAA